AUGGGGGUGCUGGUGUGGGCUCGGGGUCCCGCAGGGUGUGGGGUGCUGGUGUGGGGUCUGGGGUUCAGUUUUGGGGUCCCGCAGGGCGUGGACUCGCUGGUGCUGGAGAGCGUCAUGUUCGCCAUCCUGGCCGAGCGCGCGCUGGGCCCGCGGCUCUACGGGGUGUUCCCGCAGGGCCGGCUGGAGCAGUACAUCCCGAGCCGGCGGCUGCGCACCGAGGACCUGCGGGACCCCGGCGUGUCCGGGGAGAUCGCGGUGAAGAUGUCCCGGUUCCACGGGAUGGUGAUGCCCUUCAACAAGGAGCCCAAGUGGCUCUUCGGGACCAUGGAAAAGUACCUGAAGCAGAUUUCCGAGCUCUCCUUCACGGAGAAGGCGCAGCUGGAAAAGUUCAACUUGCUCAAGGGUUACAACCUGGAGGAGGAGAUGAGGAGCCUCAGGUUCGCUCUGGCCUCCCACUUCUUCUGGGGCCUGUGGUCCAUCCUGCAGGCCAAGAUCUCCACCAUCCAGUUCGGGUACCUGGACUAUGCCCAGAGCCGCUUCCAGGCCUAUUUCCAGCACAAGGCUCAGUGUUCCUGACUGAGAGAGGCCCCCCAGCUCUGCCCGUGCCCCCCUCCGGACCCUCUGCCCCCCCAGUGCCCCCCCAGUGCCCCUGGGAAAGCUGGGACACUGUGUCCCCCCUUCCCACGAGGGCCAUAACAGCUGGGGGGCCGUAAGAGUUGGGGGGCUGUGACAGUUAUGGGGCUGUGAGAGUUUGGGGGGGCUGUUGAAACGGUUGCAGGGGUCAUUGUGAAACGGUUGGGGGGGGCUGUUGUAACGGUUUUGGGGGGGCUGUAACGGUCUGGGGGGGCUGUACCGGUCUGGGGGGGCUGACACACCACCCCCUGCUCCCCAGGACUCCACAGCAGAGCGGGCACAGAGGUGCCAGCAGCCCCCCAGGAUGGCGGAGGCCCACCAGGCCGUGGCCUUCCAGUUCACGGUCACCCCCGAGGGCUUGGACUUCCACCUGAGCCGCGAGGCCGUGCGGCAGCUCUACCUCGCCGUCGUCUCCUCCUGGAAGAAGCGCUUGGUCCGCGCCAAGAACAGCUUCCUGACCGGCGUGUACCCCGCGUCCCCCUCCAGCUGGAUGGUGGUGGUCCUGGCCACCGCCGGCUCCUGCUACUGCCAGGUGGACCCGUCCCUGGGGCUCAUCGCCCGCAUCCGGCACUGCCUCCCCCACAGGUGAG